UUUGUCCUCUCCGAUAGCCGUACGUGGUUGAAACAGAUUCAUACGAUGGCAAAUGUGAAGUGCAGCGGCGAAGGCCCCUCUAAAGGAGGUGAAACUGUCAAAACUGUUUUUAUUUUGCAAUGAACUUACAAUGGAAAUCAUUCGAGAAUAAUGAUUGUAUUUGUGAAUAUAGGUAUUUAAGCUAUAUAGCUUAGGUUAGCAAGGUAGCGUUAGCUUCGUAAGCUGUUAACGAGCUGCUUUUCAAUGCUGUGUUUUCUGUGGAGAUCCGUAAUAUUUAACAGUGAUGUUGGAUCUAAGUUAACAAGACUAAAUGCAUAACAUUGUUGCAUAUUAUAAGUCCAGCGGAGUUUUGUUUAGCAAAGGUUUGAUCCAUAAUCUAACAGCUAUCUUUCUGUUUUGGAACUGUAACGAUACUGUAGAAGAACCGGAAGUCAUUCAAGUACCAUGUAAAUAAUGUGGCACAUCAAUUCAGUACCAUGACUUAUAUCAAAUUACAAUUUUAUUCUUCCAUUGUGGUGUUCUUAGUAAUGCGUAUACACUAUACAACAGUACAGCUAAAGUACUAUGGUAUAGUGAAUCUACCUUGGAGUACAGUGUAAAUUGCAUAGGUGUCAUGUUGAUAAUUCAGUAUCAUGGCGAAGUACUGUGGUUUUACCAUCUCAGUUGAGUUUAUUUUUAACUCUUUUUAUACUUUUUAUAAAAGUAGCAGUUCACGGUUACAACCUUCUUGUCAAGGAUAACACAAUGAAGUUACAGUAAUGUCCACUGUGGUCCUUGCUUUAAAAAAGAGAGAAGAAAUCCUAGUAAAAAAUCUGCUCACUCCCAUAAAAUAACAUACAGGUCAACAAUUCCUUAUACAUUUUAAGACAUCCUGUCUAAGAACAGUAUCUUCUAUCCUUUAUUAAGCCUUAUCAUUAAUGAUUUUAUGUACCAUUUUUCAUUUACCGCAGAUAUCUUGGUAUUACCAUAUUAAUGUGUGUAAUAGUAGACAAUGGCACUGCUGAAAGCAGCCAGAUGCAUUUUAUGUUGCAUUAGUUAAAGACAACAAGUGCUAAUCAAAUGACUCCAAACUAAUCAAUUAGAUUUUAAGCUCAACAGCGCCUAUCUGAGCAGGUCCUCCUGGCAUCCCUCAUCUUUCAGGUAACUGUAGCUCACCUUUGGUCUCCAAGCCAACAGUCGCUCACCUUGCACGGCAUCAGGGGACAGUCUGCGAAAGCGGUCUGCUGAUGAGAUUGACCUCCAAGAUGAGUCUAAAAGUAAGCCAGCACCCCCUAAAAUGUCUAAAGUGGGGUUUAGCAUGACUGCGAAGAAGUCUGCGCCAAUCUCUAUCAAGCUGGGAGCAAGCAAACCUAAAGAACCCACACCUGUCUUACCUGCCAAGAAACCUGGACUGGCAUCUGUUUUUAAUGAGGAUGAUGAUAGCGAGCCUGAAGAAAUGCCGCCUGAUGCAAAGAUGAGGAUGAAGAAUAUUGGCAGAGAAACGCCCACUUCAGCUGGACCCAAUUCCUUCAACAAAGGAAAGCAAGGAUUCUCAGAUCAUCAGAAACUUUGGGAGAGGAAGCUUAAAGCACAGGAAGAUCAGUAGUAUCCGGCUGCUUACAAUAACUUGCUUUUUGGCAUUUAAAUAUUUGCCAUCUUUGUCUCUUCGUUUGAUGACAAUUAUACAAAUGUAUAUAUGUAAUGAAUGUUUACGCUAUAAAACCUCUUUUUAUUGUAGCUAAUUUGACACUGUGGUUAGAUAAUGCCUUCCUUUGUAAGAUGGAAACCACAACAGAGAAAUUAAGAAUAUUUUUUUUUUUUGCUGUAUAUGGUAUGUGCCACACUGACUCCUGUUAUCAUUUGCUUAUAGUUUAGUGUUUCUCCACAGAAGAAAUGUAGUGGUCCAGUCAUUCAGGAUUGUUUAAGUUUCAUUUGUUGAAAUGAAACAAAGACGUUGUAUUUUAUAGUCACUAAUAAAUCCGAUAUGUGGUAUCACA